ACCGUCACUUUGUAAAACAUUCCGAUUUUAAAAAAGAAAACAAAGUCCAAUGUGUUAAUAAGUCAGAUACAAUACAAUAACCCCACACUCGCAGCCGCUUUGGAAUACAAAGCACAUUGAACAAGCGCAGUACAACAAAGCAGAGUGACGAAACUGGCGCCGUUGUGAAUCGACACAGGAUAUUGUAUAAUAAAACACACCGUAGUAAGAGCCACCAUGGCGACCUCUAGUAUCCUGCUUCAUACCUCCUCACCGCGAUCCCGCCCGUGCUUCGACAGGGAGGUCAGCCAAUCAGACUCGCAAGCUGGGUUUUGGGUUUAUUCUGUAGCCAAUAAUACGCGACGUUCACGCACGCUGCUAGUGACGCUUUCAUUUGGUGCAGGAAAUUGAAACGUUUGCGUUGUUUAUAUGCUGUUGUGGGAGAGAGAGGUGGCUGUAGCUUCUGGUGUUUAAAGUAUUGGGUUGGGUUUAAAUGUUUUCUGCUGAUUUAUUAUUAUUUUUUUGUUAAUGUAUAAUCUUUACGGUGUUCCGAGACGGUCAUUUUCUGUUUUAUUUAAGAACUCAGACAGAGAGGAGCGUGUGAGUCAUAUUUACAGAGAUGUUUAAUACCUGGUCGAUAUGACUUUUUACUGAGAAAACAAACGCGUUAAGUUCAAGCAGACAUCUGCUGGGUUCGUAAAGACGAAAGUUACUCCUUAUUUAUCACACCAGAAUAAUUCAUGAUUUUAUAUGAAUGUUAAUUCUCUAGUAAAAAAGUAAAUACAAAUACAAUAAAGUCAAAGAGAAUUCCGCUACUCGAGUCUCAAGCUAACAGUCAGUGAAGAUGGACGUCAGCGUCUCCGUGUCGUUCUUUCAAGACGAGCUCGCCUCUACCAUCGAGCACGCAGUGAAAGCGGCUGUAGACACCGUCUUGUGCCAAAUCACAAAAGUUGUCGGCGGCAAAUUCACUGAAUUCCGAAUGGAAAUGGCUGGAAAGGAGAAAGAGAAUGAAAGUCUGAAGCUGAGAUUGGAAAUAUCAGAGAGCGAGUUGAAAGCAGUGCGGGAAUGCAUGAACGCUGCAGAUGCAGACAUUAAACAACCUCUCAGAAACAUGAACCCCGACUGCAAUGAACAAGACUUUCAGAGGAACGAGAACCAGGGAUUAUUUCAAGAUCCCAAAGAGAGCCGUGCUAUUUCUAAACCUGAAGCACAGGAGGGGCCAAGGAUAGAAUCAGUUCACACACAAGAGGAGUCCUUUGACCAGGAGUGGUGUGCAAGUCUAAAGCAGGUUGCAAAGCUGACAUUUGUUAAAGAUGAAGAGGUCCCUCGACUGGAAUGUGUUCCUAUUAAAGAGGAAUUCAUAGAACAUGAAUGUGUCUCCAUUGCAGAGGAAGUUCCUACUGAAAAUAAUGUCUGUACACUUGAGGAGAACAACCAGCUGGGAUCCAGCCUGUGUGAUGAUUGUCCACCUGAAUGUGAACUGGGAUUUAGAGGAGAGACUCCAUUUCCCUAUGCUGAUUGUCAUUCAUCACACCUUAAAAUCGACCAGCGCGCUGACAAAGGAGAGAAACCUUAUCGCUGCACUGAGUGUGGGAAGAGUUUCACAAAGUUACAAAAUCUUAAAAGACACCAGCAUGUUCACACAGGAGAGAAACCUUAUCACUGCAUUGAGUGUGGGACGAGAUUCAGUCGUUUAUCAAACCUUAAAAGACAUGUGCGCAGUCACACAGGAGAGAAACCUUAUUACUGCACUCAGUGUGGGAAGAGUUUCACGCGAUUAGGGAGUCUUCAGUCACAUCAGCGCACUCACACAGGAGAGAAACCUUAUCACUGCAGUGAGUGUGGGAAGAGUUUCACACGAUUUGGGAGUCUUCAAUCACAUCAGUGCAUUCUCACAGGAGAGAAACCUUAUGACUGAUCUCAAUGUGAUCUCACAUAUUUAAGUUCUUUGAAAAUCAACCAGCAGUCUCACAAAAAUUAGUCUUAUCGAUGUAAUGAAUGUCUGAAGAGGUUGUCACUUAUCAGACCUUAAAAGACACUGUACAAUUCACACGAGAGUGAAGCCCUAUCCCUCCACUGAAUGAGGGAAGAAUUUCAGCCAGUUACUGGGUCUUGAAGGACACAAGAGAGUUCACCAGCAUUUCAACCACUUGAGGACCUAAACACCAGGUCGAAAUUUGACUAAUACAGAAAUAUUGAUUGAAAACAAAAGAAUAAACAUGCUUGAUAAAUGAUGUUACUCCUAAUCACUUGAGGUCAAAAACUCAAAGAUGGAAAAUAUGAACUACUACAUCUUGUUUGGAACAUUCAUCAUCUUGUAGACCAUUCUGAUUUUGUUACGUCCCAUUAGUAAUCUAUGGAAUAGAUUGCAAUUGUGUCUGCAAGAUGCUGAGUUUCCUAGUUUGAACAUUAGGAUUAUUUUAUGUAACUCCCUACUUGUGACCAAGUCUCCAGCUCUUUCAAGUCAGUGCUAAGCUUUGGUCAAUUCUGAACUUCACACCUCAAACAGUUUUGUUGUUGCCAGACCCUGACUGCAAUAUAACCCCCCUCCCCCCAUAUGUAUUUUCUCAAUGGAAAUCAAAAAACAUCUAGGGGACACAGAAAGGGACACCAUCUUAAAUUGUUGUGUACAGUCUGCGCCACCCAAUCGGGAUACCGAUAGUCAGGAUUGCUGCUUAAAUUAGAUCCCAAUGCUAUUUCUGUCAUUUAAUUGGGAUACAGUAUUUUCAAAUGAUGAAUGGAGAUCGCUUUUCAGAGCAAGACAGGUCGCAUAGCACAGUGCAGUGAGUACGUGAUUACGCUGUGAUUUGUGUAAAUUGCGUUAACCACAUUGAACUCUUGAAGAAGGAGGAGUCUCCUGUGGUUUCUCAGGCUGCUGUUGCAAAGAAAGUUGCGUGUCAACAUCACAGGUGCUAUUUAAUUUUGUUUAAGAAUAAAAAAAAAACAGCGACUUGUAUUUCAAAUUAUGUAUUUAACAUUUCAUCACAAUGUGAUGCGAUUUCAUUCUUUUUCUUUUCAAUAAGAAUCAAGAAAGUGUGACUAAGGUCGUCUCAACUGCCUCUCGUUUAACUGGGACAGCCAAUUAAUACCUUUAUGAUACGUUAGGCUACAGCAGUGUUGUAAUCGAGUCAUAAAAAUUGGGAGUCGAGUCACGGGGUAGAGUCAAGUCUUUGACAUGCCAAGCUUGAAUCGAGUCAGAGAGUUUGCUCGAGUCGAGUCACCUAUCUGGCUCAAAUCAAUUCAAGUCAUUAGUUCUGACAGUUCAAGACAGUUUGAUUUAAUCAGAUUCAUUUUACAGGAGAUCAGCAAUCUACAAGUAAAAAGAAAAGAACAUUUCAAUUAAAAAUACAAAAUUGAGAUGCACAGUAAUGUGGUCAUACUUGCCUGACUGAUGUUCACUGUUAAAGGUCCUUGUGUUUUGUCUCAAUUUCAGUGAAUUCACGAUUCCUUGGCCUAUUUAUAAGCAGAUUUUGUUAGUGACCGUACAGAGGCCCUGUUACCUCUGCUUAAUUGGGUUGAAUGUACAGUAAUGGAUACCACAAAACAAAAGAAUGCAUUUAACCCUGUAUUUACAAUUUUACAAUUUUUCACUUUCUCAAUAGUGAAACUCCCUGAUAGUUUUUUUUUUUUUCAGACACCUUUACCAUGUGAAAGGAAAUUGUGUCAUUAAAUUUUAUAAUUCAUAUAGAGAUCUUCCUUCUUGGCCUUAAAACACAUCAGUUACAAAGGAAAACAGUCCAAGUAAUGCAACUGAGGUCAAAUCAGAGUUUAAAAUCAUUGCAUCCUCGCACAUCUAUGCUCCAGUUCAAAAUCAAUAAACUCAACCUAACUUGAUUAAUAUGACAGAAAGAAAUAUAUUUUGAAAGGCUAAGAGUUUAGCAUUGUAAUGUGUGUUAGAAAAGAAGUAUUUUUCAUUAUUUUCAGAUAAAGGGUUUUUCACAAAUACAUUUAAAAAAAAAAAAAAUAGCUAAAAUAUUUCACACAAAACACAUCACACCAUAAGCCCUUUAACCACCUAUACUUAGCACAAUAAAAUCCCAGUUGUUUGUCCAAAUAAAAUCAUCAACGUACAAUUUGCUAACGUAAAAGACUGGUAUUGUAGCUGCUGUUUCAUAAACACAUGCAACAUAACCCAGCAGCACAAACUAACACAUUGCUGAUGUAAUAAUUGAUCUGUUCACCCACUAUGUCAAAAUCCACAGACCACUUCUUAAAAAAAAAUCUUUGAAAACAAUGCAGUUCCGUCCUCAACCUCCAUUUGUCUGGCAAUGUUUAUUGUGCCUAUUCCCAAAAUCAUGCUGCUGUGGUUUGGUCUGCCCAUUUUUGUUUUUAUGAAUUUAUUCUUUAAAAAAAGCAAAGUGUUUUAACCAAACUAACUCUAAACCAUCUGUCCUGAAUCCUUAAAUUAAUCAAACAUGUCUAGAGCUGAUUAACUCAAUUUGGGAAUUCUGGAAAACAAAGAUGAUUGUGCACAGCUUCAUGAUCAUCUGUACAUGUGCUGCCAUGCUAGUGGUUGUAGAAGGAUACGGAAUGUAAAAAAAUAAAUACAAUUAUUAAAGCUCCAGAGGGUUGUGUUCAUUUCUUGUACAGUGCAUUAUUACGUUUAAUUUUGUGUGCAAAGCAUUUAAGUUUAUAAGCUUGUACAUGAGUUUGGAUUCGCAAAUUGUUUUUGUUUUCAAUUAUUUAUUUAUUUUUAAAAACAUAGUAUAUCUAUAGAUCAAUGUACAUUAAACCAGACAGCAAACACUAACCCCCUGUUCUAUGGCAUUGAAGUUUUAAGCUUACGUAAAUAAAAAUCUGUUGAUUGACCCAAAAAACAAUUAUUGAUUGAUAAGAAAUACCAAAUAAUUAUUGAUUGGCAUUUCUCAGUGCUGGCAGGAUGCAGACUGCUUAUUUCUUUCCCUGUCUACUCCAUAGUUCUGCUGCCGUUCUUCUCUCUGUCUACUCCAUAGAAAAACGUCCCGUGUGAAAUGCUUUUCUGGGUUUGCAUUCGCUCAGUUUAUUUUACUCGCGUAAACCGGGCUUUUCACCCGAUGUCAUGCAAAUCAAUGGGAAAGGUGGGGGUUGAUAUGUAAAUUAACCAUGCGUAAAGAACUCGUGCUGUUUUUGAAGAUUACUAGUGACAUUUUGUGAAAAUGUGGUUUCCAUGUGCAGAGAACUGGUACACGAGUGAAUCUAAGCUGCUGUAAUGAAGCAAAAUACCCUGUGCCUGCUUGGUUAAUAAUGUGCUUUAUUAUUAUUAUUAUUAGUUUAUUUAGCAGACGCCUUUAUUCAAGGCGACUUACAGAGACUAGGGUGUGUGAACUAUGCAUCAGCUGCACAGUCACUUACAACUACGUCUCACGCGAAAGACGGAGCACAAGGAGGUUAAGUGACUUGCUCAGAGUCACACAAUGAGUCAGUGUCUGAGGUGGGAUUUGAUCCGGGGACCUCAUGGUUACAAGCUCUUUUCUGUAACCACUGGACCACACAGCCUCCUUUACUGCUCUUAACCAAAUUGUUUUUCAAAUUGAGGAGGCUCGUGCUGUCAGAGAUGCUCUUUCUUUUAAGUCAUGUUGGAUUUACUGCUUUGUUAAAUAUUAAUGAUGCAAACAAAUAAAACACAAUCAAUA